AUGGAGUUGGCGAACGUGAUGCAGUCCUUCGAGGAGUCCAUGAAGGCGGCCAAGGCGGACUUCGAAGCAAGCCUGGGGAGUGCUGAGGAAAAGCUCGCAAGCGGGGUGCACCGGUGUCUGAGCCGGCCAAGACAGCACAAGUUGCUCCGGCGGAAGAGGCAGCGGCGGGACCUGCAGUGCAGCCGGAGCGCCACAGCCCAGGUACGCCCCCUGCCGUGCUCAAGCCGCGGCGGCGGCUGCGCCCCACCAGAUGCCUGGAGCCCGGGCCGGGCGACACCCCGCCGGCAUCGCCCGCGUCGCCGCGCGCGAGCGCCGCUGGGCGCGCCGUGGCCGCCUUCGCUUCGCCGAAGCGGCCAACGCGCGAGCCGGAAGUGCCGGCCUCCAGAGCGGAGGAGAAGCUGGGGGCGGACGGCACGAACACCGAGCCGGAGAGCCACGAAUUCGAUGCCCAAGGGCUUCCUGACGGAUGGUCCAGCAAACUUCACGUCACCUCCACAGGCCGGCGCUACAAGGUCUUCUUCACCCCUUGCGGCCGCCGCUUCACCUCUUUGUCGCGGGCCAAAGAGUUUAUUGAGACAAAGGCGCAGCCUGAGCGAAAGCAAGCUGAGCAGACACAGCCUGAGCAGACGCAGCCUGAGCGGACGCCGCCCGAGCGAAAGCAACCUGAGCAGAAGCAGCCUGAGCGGACGCCGCCCGAGCCGAAAGCACCCUGAGCAGAAGCAGCCUGAGCGGACGCCGCCCGAGCGAAAGCACCCUGAGCAGAAGCAGCCUGAGCGGACGCCGCUCGAGCGAAAGCAAGCUGAGCAGAAGCAGCCUUUGGAAGAAGUCAAGGAGCCGGCGCGGCGGCAUGACGUCUUGGCGGUUUCGGGGGAUUUUGCCAGCAUUGACGUCCGAGCAUGCCGGCGGACGCUUCAGGCGCUCCUGGCGGAGCUGCCGACGCCGCGCUGCGCAAUUUCGCAGCUGGCGCUGGCCACCGCGGAUCAGCUCCUAAGCGACGCGGGCGAAUCCGACGAGGGCGUGGCGUUCGCCAAGCUCACGGCUGCGGGCUCCGUGUUGGACUUGAUGGCGGUGAUGAACAAGUGCAGCCACCUUCUCAAGGUGUCACUGGCGGUGCGCGGCGUGCUCAGCGCUGUGGCGGUACUCCAGGAGGAGUGGCUGCUGCAGCCCCUCCUGGAGCCUGUGGUGGCCCCGGCCUUCCUGGCCGCCACGGCCGCCCAGGCGGCCACGGCGCCGCUGCCCGGCGGCGCCUGCGAGCUGCUGCAGCACUGCGCCUUGUUGGCGUGCGACGAAAGUGAGCACUCCCAGAGGCUCCUUUGCGCUGCCUCCUGCGGCUUUCUGAAUGUUUGCCGUGCGCUGGCCAUGGAGGCUGCGUACUCGCAGGCGGAUCGGCUCUUGCUGCAGGAGGCGCAGUGCCGGGUGCGCGCGGCGGCGGCCAAGGCCGCGCGGGCGGCGGCCGCGGAGCUGAAGAGCGAGCUGGCGGGCGAGGCGGAGCCUUCGACCUCGGCAAAGCCAACGGGCCGGGAGUCGGCGAUCCAAGCCGCGGUGGAUGCGGCAGCCUCUGAAGCAGACAGGCAAUGCAAGGAGCUUGACGCCUUGCGCGGGGAGAUCCUGUCAGGCAAUGAGCUAUGGUGGGACAGCAUGGGAUAUGAGCCC